CAACUGCCUCUGCCAGUACCAAAACGGUUCUCUUAUCAAAGAAACGCAUAACCAAAAAACUGCAUUCAAUCACCGCCUUUUACCAUGGGAAGUGCUUGUUUUUCCUGGGACGUUUGUUUGUUUUUCGUCCUCAUUAACACUUGUGAGGUGAUGGGGAAUGUUGGACUCGCAGAAGCCGAUGAAUGCUCUGAAGGCACGGAUGACUGUCACAUUGAUGCUCUCUGCCAGAAUACCCCCAAAUCCUUCAACUGCAUCUGCAAGCCGGGGUACAAGGGAGACGGCAAGCAGUGUGAAGACAUGGACGAGUGUGAGAAUGAGUACAACGGAGGCUGUGUCCACGAGUGUAUCAACAUCCCGGGCAACUACAGGUGCACCUGCUACGACGGAUUCAUGUUGGCCCACGACGGACACAACUGUCUGGACGUGGAUGAGUGCAUGGACAACAACGGAGGAUGCCAGCAGGUGUGUGUGAACACCAUGGGAAGCUACGAGUGUAUGUGCAAGCAAGGCUUCUUCCUCAGCGACAACCAGCAUACCUGCAUCCACCGCUCCGACGAUGGAAUGAACUGCAUGAACAAGGACCACGGCUGCGCCCACAUCUGCAGGGAGACUCCCAAGGGCGGCGUAGCUUGUGAGUGCCGGCCCGGGUUCGAGUUGGCAAAGAACCAAAGAGACUGUUCAUUGACGUGUAACUAUGGGAACGGAGGCUGCCAGCACAUGUGUGACGAUACGGAUGUGGGGCCGGUUUGUGGCUGUCACCAGAAGUACGCCCUGCACUCAGACAGCAAGACCUGCAUCGAUCUGUGCUCUGUUGCACCCCGAAAAUGUCGCCCGGAGUUUCAUGAUGACGAUGAGAGAGAUGAGGCUGCAAUUGAGAGCUCUGAGUUCAAUGCCACGUCAAUAGCUGAUGUGGACAAGCGGGUGAAACGGCGGCUACUUAUGGAAACCUGUGCGGUGAACAAUGGCGGCUGUGACCGGACCUGCAAGGAUACGGCUACAGGGGUCCGCUGCAGCUGCCCCGUGGGAUUCACCCUGCAGCCAGACGGCAAGACCUGCAAAGACAUAGAUGAAUGCCAAGAGGCAUUCAAUAACGGCGGCUGUGACCAUUUCUGCAAAAACACGGUGGGCUCCUUUGAGUGCAGCUGCCAGAAGGGCCACAAGCUCCUCACUGACGAGCGCACCUGCCAGGAUAUUGACGAGUGUUCCUUUGAGAGGACCUGUGACCACACCUGCGUCAACUACCCUGGCAGCUUCGACUGUGUCUGUCAGGAAGGAUACACUCUGUACGGCCUCACACACUGCGGAGACAUAGAUGAGUGCAGCAUUAACAACGGGAGCUGUGAACACAGCUGUGUGAACACACAGGGAGGCUAUGAGUGUCUGUGUCCGCCCGGUCAGAAACUCCACUGGAACAAGAAGGACUGCACCGAGGCGGUGAAGUGUUUGCCCGACGGGAAGCCAGCGCCGCGCGCCCAGCUCAGCUGUGACAAGAGAGGAGGGGUGGAGGUGUGCUCGCUCUCCUGUCCGUCCAACGCACUCUUCCUCGCAGACUCUGAGAACAGCUACACACUAAGCUGUGGUGUGCCGGUGCAACCUGGGAAGGCACCGCAGAAGAGGAACGCCACCACCGCCCUGCUCACCUGUGCAGAUACGUUACCCCCGCCCAUCAAGCAGAAGGCCCGCUUCAAGGUCAAAGAUGCCAAGUGUCACCUGAGACCCAGAAACAAGGAAAAACACAGAGAGACGUCCAAGCCGAGUCUGCAAGGGGGUCCGCUCCCGUGUACUGAAGACUGCCAGGUGACCUUUGUCAAUCUGAAGUGUGACUCGUCCAAGAAGCGGCGGCGUGGACGCAAGUCCCCUUCCAAAGAGGUUUCCCACAUCACAGCUGAGUUUGAGAUGGAGAUGAAGGAAGCCUCAGGUCAGUGUGACUGUGCAACUUCAGACUCGUGUAACGUGGAGUGUGUGAGGGAGCGUAUGAAGCAGAGGUUACAGAGUGCCAUGCGGACCCUGAGGAAGUCCAUCAACAAGCAGCAGUUCUAUAUCCAGUUCUCUGGUACCGAGUACGAGGUGGCCCAGAAACCUGCACUGCACGUUGAGCAAUGCAGCACCGGACAGGUCUUACGGGACGGCAAGUGUGUGAGCUGUGGUGUGGGGACGUACUAUAGUGGAGACCAUGAUCAGUGUGUCGUGUGUCCCCCUGGUACAUACCAGGACACAAUGGGCCAGCUGUCCUGUGAACCCUGCCCCAGCACCGAGGGACAGGGCAUCGCCGGGGCCAAGAACGUCUCCCAGUGCGGAGGCCAGUGUCCGGCUGGUCAGUAUUCGUCAGAUGGGUUCCGUCCCUGUAACCCCUGUCCCCUGGGCUCCUUCCAGCCGGAGCCUGGCCGUGUACUCUGCUUCUCCUGUGGAGGGGGCCUCAUGACCAAGUACGAGGGCUCUGUCGCCUUCAGGGACUGUGAGGCCAAAGUCCACUGUGCUCCUGGACACCACUACAACUCCAGUAACCACCGCUGUAUCCGCUGCCCAGCCGGUACCUACCAGUCAGAGUUUGGACAGAACUACUGCAUCACCUGCCCUGGCAACACCACCACCGACUUUGACGGAGCCACUAACGUCUCUCACUGCAAGAACCAGGUGUGUGGAGGUGAGCUGGGGGACUUUACAGGCUUUAUUGAGUCUCCUAACUACCCCGGGGACUACCCGUCCAAUGUAGACUGUAUCUGGACCAUCAACCCCCCUCACAAGAGACGCAUCCUCAUCGUGGUGCCUGAGAUCUUCCUCCCCAUCGAAGACGAGUGUGGAGACGUGCUCGUCAUGAGGAAGAGUGCCCUGCCCACCUCCAUCACCACCUAUGAGACAUGUCAGACGUACGAGCGACCAAUCGCCUUCACCUCCCGCUCACGCAAGCUCUGGAUCCAAUUCAAGUCCAAUGAGGGCAACAGCGGCAAGGGCUUCCAAGUCCCUUAUGUCACCUACGAUGAGGACUACCAGCAGCUGAUAGAGGACAUUGUCCGGGACGGCAGACUCUACGCAUCAGAGAAUCACCAAGAGAUACUGAAAGAUAAAAAACUGAUCAAAGCCCUGUUUGAUGUUCUGGCUCACCCCCAGAACUACUUCAGGUACACGGCACAGGAGUCCAAAGACAUGUUCCCCCGCUCGUUCAUCAAGCUGCUGCGCUCCAAAGUCACACGGUUCCUACGGCCGUACAAAUAAACUGCCACGCCCCCUGUUUGUUACCCAGACUCAUACCCCUUAUGCUCAUCCAACGUCCCCUUUCCACCAUCUACUCCUCCCUCCUCUUCACCUACGUCCUUACCCCUUAUGCUUAUCCAACGUCCCCUUUCCACCAUCUACUCCUCCCUCCUCUUCACCUACGUCCUUACCCCUGUCAACAUCCUCAUAUGUCUUCUACUCCCCCACGUCUAUACCCCUACAUCUCUCCUACAACCCAACCCGCCGAUCUAUCCCUCUCUUCUACACCCCCUCUACACUGAAACACUUCUUCCUACACCCCUAUACUUCUCUUACACCCCCAACCCUACCAGGAGUUCCUCGUGCUCGCUAUCCCAGCAUUCCCUGCACAGGAACAGAGAACCGUCUCCUUUUUGUCUGCAGUCCUCAUUUCCAGCUUUUCCCCUGUACUUCUGUUUUGUUUUGUUUUGUUUUUGUGUUGUUGUUGUUGUUUUGGUUAUAUUUAUAUGUGUUAGAACUUGCAGAAGCCCACAACAUGGAUGUUUGAUAUAUAUGUACGUAUACAGACAUGUUGGCUACAAGUAAAAUGUAUGUGUAUGUAUGUACGUAUGUAUAUUUGUGUUUGUGUGAGCAUAUACGUAUGUGCACGUAGAUGGUGUGCGAGAGUGACGUCACACGCAGGUACUUUGAUGUAUCUUUACUUUGUUAUUUUGAAAGGCCUCUGGCGUGCACACAACAACAAAAAAACGAUUGGUGCACUUAAAUCAUAUUUUACAUCCACAUUUUCACAUGGGAAAUCGUUUCGAAAGACACUUCUAAUUUCAGCAUCCCAGACCGUUCCACCUCAAGCUGAGUACAGUGGACGAAUGAGUUUGAUUUUCAAAAAAAAAGUCGCUUUUUAAUUUUAUUUUGAAAGAUAUAUAACAUGAUGAAAAAAACUACCUGCAAGUAACAGACGUUGCUAUAGAGAGAAAUGUGUGUGAUGUAACUCAUAUUUGGAACUUUAAUUGCACUUGAAUUUUAUAUUGUGAACUGUAGAAAAAAAAAUCUAAGUUACAUUAUUCCUUAUGUUUUGUGUUGUAUAGAAAUUUUUCACCUUGGUUGUAGCAAAAGAGAGAGACAAAAAGAUGUCCCCUUUUGUUCUCACAACAAAAAAAAACAGCAUUCAAUAUCUUUAGACAGACACCGUCAAAUCCACCCAUUUGGCCUGAAAAGCAGUAUUGCCAGUAAGUAAUCAUUUAAAGGGAAAUGUCCUUAACGACCCACUACUAUUUUAGUUGUGUGUGUGCUCCCAUCUCCUAACUCUGCCUCAUCCCUUUAAGACCCUCCUGACUAGCUGCCAGAGGAAAGGGGUGUUUUAAUGAUGGCACUAAGUGCACACUCAAAACCACCUGCUUUUUACGAGUGUCCACUCUCAAUCUGUCCUAUUUGGACUUCUCCCAGUUUCUGUAUGUCAUCAACCUGGACUGUUGAUUUAAUAUCUAUAACACAUCUGUUAGUUUGUUUAUAUUUCUGCACAAUGCAAGUGGAGAAAAUAUGUAUUGUAUGAUGAUGAGACUGUUGAUUUGGAGGUGAAUGUAGUAGCAGAGAGACAGAGGUCUGUUUGAAAGUAUUGUGAUGUCUAUGAGAGUAUCUGUAUGUACAUAGCACUUGCAACUGUAACCAUAACCCAGAAAGAGCCCAAACUGACCUCAAGUAGUAAAACGUUCUGACAAAAUAUUACUUUCAUCGUUCUCCCCCUUGUAACACUCUCCCAGCAGAGUCUGUCUAAGCAAUAAGGCCCGAGGGGGUGUGGUAUAUGGCCAAUAUACCACGGCUAAGGUCUGUUCUCUGCACGACGCAACGCAGAGUGACUGGACACAGCCCUUAACAGUGGUAUAUUGGCAAUAUACCACAAACCCCCAAGGUGCCUUAUUGCCAUUAUAAACUGGUUACCAAUGUAAUUACAGCAGUAGAAAUAGAUGUUUUGUCAUACCCGUGGCCAAUCAGCAUUCAGGGCUCGAACCACCCAGUUUAUAAACAGUACAUCUAUUACACACCUAUUAAACUGCUAAUACUCCACUACUACACGGUUAUAAACAACUUAAAUUCUUUGUGCUGGGCACAAGAAUGAUAAGCAUAAUUAUCUGGCUUGUAUCUUCUUACCUAGAGGCCAUAUACUGAAGGCCACUGAUAUGGGAACAGAUAUAGUCACUCAUUCAUAAAUUCUGCAUUGUGCCCUAGCACUGAUCCAGGACCUGUUCAGCCCAGUCUAAUUGUGACCCCCACUGUUGUGUGUAGAGCAGUUUCUUCUGAUGAGGUGUCAGUGUUCUGUUUGACAGAAUCUCUACACAAGGACAUUACAAAAAUCUCUCAAAUCAGAAUGAUAGCUUGGCCCAUGUAGGGUUGUAUCAGAAAAUGUUACUGGUCUUCAAAUCAAAGCUCAUUGGAGGAGGUGGUCCGGGGGAGGGACCUUGCAACCUCUCCUCCAAUGAGCUUUGAGUGGAUUUGAGCUAACAAGGGUGGAGGAAGAAUGGAUUUGACAGCUAAUAAUGUUUUCAGAUGCAACCAAGGUGUUUGUCCACUCAGUCCACUCAAAAUGGUUGCCGCCUGCAGAGGUGUAGCUAAUGUUGGUACGGUGCGCCCACUUCCUGUUGAGGGAUGUUUUGGGCGUUUAGUGUGUUUGAUGAUGAUGAUGAAAAUUGGUAUGAAAUGCAAAACCAUGUAUGACUGACUUUUCCGGAGAAUGUAUUCUAUUGUGUGUGUGUGUGUGUGUGUGUGUGUGUGUGUGUGUGUGUGUGUGUGUGUGUGUGUGUGUGCGCGUGUGUGAGACAGUGUGAUAAAGAAAGAGUGCAUGUUCUGUGUAUGUGUGUGAGAGAAUGAGACAGCGUGUGUCCGUGUGUGAGUAGCUUGUGAGAUCGAGGUGGAGAAAGAGAGAUACUGUAUGUAGGUACUUUAGUCCAUUUUAUAGAGGGAUAAUUUUUACGUUUGUGUUAGUCGGUUGUACCCAAGGAGAGAAACUGUAUCACAGUGUUUUGCCAUUGUUUGGUCCAUGAAAAUCCAGUAAAGAACCAAUUCAAAUAAAACAGUAGCAGAAGAACAACUCCA